AUGUUGGUGGCUUUGGUGAGAGGGGCUGAGCAGUCCCAGAAGCUGUCCUCUGCGGGGUUUUCGGAGUGCAAGAAGGCCCUGAAGCUCCCAAGUCUGGAAGUCCUGCCGGGGGGGGGCUGGGAUAACCUCAGGAAUUUGGAUAUGGGCAGAGUUAUCAACCUGGGCUACUCACUGUGCAAGACCACAGAAGACGGAUCUUAUAUCAUCCCAGAUGAGAUCUUCACUAUCCCUCGCAAGCAGAGCAACCUGGACAUCAACUCUGAGAUCAUCGAGUCCUGGAAAGAUUACCAAAGCAUCACCUCUGCCUCCAUCAACCUGGAGCUGUCCCUCUUCUCCUCCAUCAAUGGCAAGUUCUCCUAUGACUUCCACCGAACCAAGACCCACCAAGUGAAAGACCGUGCUGUCACCACCCGAGUGCAAGUCAGGAACCUGGUUUACACUGCCAAGAUUGACCCAGGGGCGGUCCUGGACAAGAGCUUCAAGAAGCAGCUGCUGACAAUUUCCAGCCACCUGGAGAACAACCAGACACGGAUGGCUGAUUUUCUGGCCGAGGUGCUGGUGCUUAACUAUGGCACCCACACCAUCACCUCCGUGGACGCUGGAGCCAGCUUGGUGCAGGAGGAUCAGAUCAAGGCAACCUUCCUGAAGGACAGCUGGGCCACACGGAGUGCUGUCACCGCCUCAGCCGGCGUGGCCUUCCACAGCAUCGUCGGUGUGAAAAAUGAGGAGUCCCUGGAUGUCAGUUCUGGCUUCACUAAGCAGUAUCUGGAGAACCGCACCAACUCCAGGGUAGAGAGCAUCGGUGGGACCCCCUUUUACCCAGGCAUCACCCUCAAGACCUGGCAGGAGGGGAUCAGAAACGAGCUGGUGGCUCUUGACCGCUCAGGGCUGCCCCUGUACUUCUUCAUCAACCCCAGCACCCUGCCAGAGCUGCCCACCCCCACAGUGAAGAAGCUGGCCAGGCGAGUGGAGAUGGCUAUCCGCCGCUACUACACCUUCAACACCUACCCGGGCUGCACCGACGCCACCUCGCCCAACUUCAACUUCCAUGCCAAUGCCGAUGAUGGCUCCUGUGAGGGUGCCAUGACCAACUUCACCUUCGGGGGAGUCUUCCAGGAGUGUGCUGGGCUGGCCGGCCCCGACACCAGCAUGCUGUGCCGGGGGCUGGAGCAGAGGAACCCCCUCACUGGGGCUUUCUCCUGCCCCACCACCUACACUCCAGUGCUGCUGGGCAUGCAGGAGCGGGAGGAAGGCCACAGCCAUCUGGAGUGCCACAACAAGUGCAUCCUGGGCAUCUUCUGCCACCGCGAGUGCCAGGACGUCUUCUGGCUUUCACGGGUGCAAUUCAGUGCCUACUGGUGCGCAAUGAGCGGGCCAGUGGCCCCGAGCUUGGGAUACCUCUUUGGGGGGCUGUUCAGCGCUCACAGCAUCAACUCUAUCACCGGUGCCCAGUCCUGCCCCUCAGGGUACUUCCCACUGAAGCUCUUUGAUGAGCUCAGGGUGUGCGUGAGCCAGGAUUAUGAAGGGGGAGGCCAGUAUGCGGUGCCCUUUGGGGGCUUCUUCAGCUGCCAGGCAGGGAACCCCUUGGCAGGGCAGCAUCAGGGCACCGCCGAAGACCCCCACGCCAAGAGCUGCCCCCCAGGCUUCAGCCAGCACUUGGCACUCAUCAGCGAUAGCUGCCAGGUGGAGUACUGUGUCCAGGCUGGCAUCUUCACAGGGGGCUCGCUGCCGCCUGCCCGCCUGCCACCCUUCACC